AUGGGUAUUGUAAGAGGGGGCCAUACUGAGGACAGAUGCUGGAGGAAAGAAGGAAAGUCCUUGAAGUGCGGAAGCAGUGAGCACCAGAUUUCCGGUUGUCCAAAAAUACAAGAAGGUGGUACCCCGAGUGUUAGGCAAGCCACUUCUGGAGGAAAUAGGUCGAAAGUUCCCGCCAGGGUGUACGCUAUAGACGAUCAACCUGUACCUGAUACCUCGGAGAUCGUGGAAGGUACUCUUCCAAUCUUUCAUAGAUUAGCUGGAGUACUAAUUGAUCCUGGCGCAACUCACUCAUUUGUGAAUCCAAUUUUUAUGUCUGGAAUUAAUGUACAACCUGUUAAAUUACCCUUUGAUCUUGAAGUUAGGACACCUAUGGGUAAUAAGAGUAUAACCACUAGCCUGGCCUAUAAGAACUGCGAAUUCUGGGUUGGAAAGCGUAAGAUGCUAGUAGACCUAGUCAGUUUGGACAUAAAAGGGUAUGAUGUUAUCAUAUGA